AGAUAACAGGUUUAUUGUUAUCGUUACGGCAAGCAAUUAAUUAUUUUCCAACCGUUAAACGCUUGCGUAAAGUAACUACACAAAAAUGGUAUUAGAAAAGUCAUACAUUGACAAUAUUCUUAAAAAAAUCUUAAACACAACGCAUUUGGAACAUUACGACUUUAUCACUGAAGAAUACAAGCCUAAAGAGACAAAGUAUGAAGGUGAGAAAUAUUUUGUUACAGUAAAGAACAGUGUAAACAGUGACAAACUCAGCAUAUUUAUUAAACGUGCCUUAGUUGAUAGUGAAAUUAGGAAACUGUUACCGAUACGUGGAUUCUUUAUUAAUGAAAACAAUUUUUAUGACCAAGUUUGGCCAAAUUUAGAGAAAUUUCAAGAAAGUUAUGGAAGGAAGAUUUUAUUCCGCAAAAUACCAAGGUGUUAUUUAACGACAUCGAAAGAAAAUGCAGAAACGAUUGUCUUGGAGAAAUUGAGUCGUUUUAGAGCUAAUGAUCUUACAGAACUUUUUACUAUAGAACAACUAUUACUUAUUUUUCAAGAAUAUGGAAGAUUUCAUGCACUCUCCUUUGCUUAUAAAGAAAAACGUCCAGAAGAAUAUCAAAAGUUAGUGAGCCAAAUUAGAGACAAUUAUGAAUAUUACAAAGAUAUUAAAAUGUACGUAGAAGCCAUGAACUACUCUCACAAGGUAUGUCUAACUUAUCUAGAUGACAAAAAUGCUAGUGAUAUUAAACUUGAUAACAAAUAUGCAACAAAUGCAAUGGAAGUUUAUGUAGAAAGUAGUAAAUAUAAAGGAAAUAAAUCUGUGAUAACGCAUGGUGACGGUUGGAUAUCAAAUUACCUGUUUCACUAUGACGCAACUGGAAAACCGUUGGAUCUUAGAUUUGUCGACUUCCAAUUGGCACGCAUCGGCACACCUGUUUACGAUUUAGCCAGUUGUUUAUAUGCUUGUUCUUCUCCAGAACAUUUAUCAGAUUUCAAUAGGUUACUGGAAGUUUAUUAUAGCAGCCUUUCACAAUCACUAACAGCUAUGGACUGUGAUCCUGAGAAAAUCUACAGUUUUGAAGACUUAACAGGUGAUUGGAAAAAGUAUUCAAAAUUUGGAUUUUCGUAUGCAGUGUUCGCAAUCAGUAAUUAUUAUCUAGUCGAAGAUGAGAGCGACAUCGAUGAUAGUUUGAAGAUAUGGAACAAUAAUGUGAAUAAAAAAAUUAUUGAAGAACAAACUAAACAAACUAUUGAUGUAGUGAAUGCGAAAUCUAGAUUAACAUUAUUAUUGCGCCAUAUGGUCACCAAUGGUUUUCUGUAAUGUUGAUAAUAAUAUAUAAUAGAUUUUUAUGAUUGAUCCCAUACCUCAUCUUGAUAGUAAUUAAGCAGGUGACAAAGAUAUGAUAUUAAUUUUGCCAAAGAUCCAACAACUCUUAUGCUUUUCUAGGUAAAAUAUGGAUACAACGUAAUUUAAUUUACAUUAUUGUUGAUGGUCUUCUAUUUCCAUGAAAAUUUACUGACUAUGUAACAAUUAAUUAAACUAUUACUAAGGAUAAAAAUUUAUUUAUCUUAGUUAUUAAUACAGUAUUAUUUUAGC